AUGGCCGCUCCUCUAUUUGCGGAUAUCGACUUAACACAUCUAAGUGAAGAGCUAAAUUCCGUCCACACACUCGCUAAUCCUGCCAGCAAUGAGAACAUUUCUCACUUUCAACUAUCAGAGAGGGAUCUUCUGAACUCUCUUAUUCGUUCAGGGGACCAACAACUGUCGGUGAAUCCAGCACCAGGCACUGAGUUCGUAGACUCCGAUGACCUGUGGGACUCCUUGUCAUCACUGUUACCGGACAGAUCCACGCAGACUGGCGAUGAAAUAUUAGCUAGUUCAAACGAUGAGAGCGACGUAUUUGGAUCAUCUUUGUACAACGCCCUUUUUUUCUCUAUCGUCAACGGUUUUGCUGGUCUCGAAGGCCUGCCUGCCGGGUCCCUCAUAGGGACAUUGAAAAGCGUGCCCAACAUACGAGAGCGGCUUUCUCGAUAUAUUUGUUCGCAACCACCCCCUUUCGGGAGAUCUCUCAUAGACAAUCUAUUCCGAGCGGCUGUCGAGGCUCUUGACGAGGAUGCGGUCAUGAUCACGUUUCACAUUGCUGACAACUUGCCGGAAGUCCUGCGAUACGGGAUCGACCAGUCCAUUGCUUGCAAAGCUUUCGAUGGGGAUAGGAUGUACACACCAAUUAUGUUCGCAACCAAAUUUCGUCAUGUUGGUAUCGUACGAGCACUUCUUGACAGGGGUUAUGGCCUGGAAAGGACUUUUGGAGACCACAAAGACGAAGACCAUGACGAAGAAUGUGGGCUGUUGGAUAUCGCCCUUCGACAAAAUGAAAACUUUGAAACUCUGGAUAUUACACUUAUUGAUCUAAUUGUUGAGAAUGGUGCACAUGUGCGGCCAAGGCACGUUCUGACUGCUGCACGCUGGGGGGAAGUAGAACUGACAAAACGCUUGCUUUCCUUCACUGGACGUUCAGAACAUCAUGCCUUUUUCGGCUAUGAAGAUGGCAGGAUAAGUGAUCCGCCCCCACCAGGUGCUGGUGUAUUUUAUCAUCUUGUUAAAUUCCCAAACGAUGAUGCCUUCGAGAUCUUCGUCACGAUCUUCCACCUAUGCGAGGAUUUCGCAUGCCAGCAAUGCCCUAAAGGGGCCCAGACCAUGUUGGAAGAUAUCAUAUUCCACGCGACAGUAAAAGGGAAUCACCAAUUAGUGCAUUUUCUUUUGCGUCAUGUUCCUGAAGACUUUUCAGCACUAUCCGCCGCGGUUAGAAAUGGUGAUCGUUCGAUGAUUGACCUCAUGUUAGGUCGUGGGUCUAGUGUGACCGAACCAGUACGACAGAUGAACGAAAGCCUCGGUCGUUUUCGGGUGGAUGAAGCUGAUGUUAUCCCAACAACGCCAUUGGCAGAGGCAAUCAGAUCACAAGACGAGCAUCUGGUUGAAGAAUUAGAAGCUUUAGGAGCUCUAGACAGUCUGAAGGAUCAUCUACACUUUGUCGCAGCCAUAUAUGCUACAGCUGAAGCAGCGAUAGAGAAGAAUCAUACCAAACUUGCCGUUGUGCUCAUCAACGCUGGAUCCGAGAUCGACCCAGAUUCGGAUACUAACAACCCACUGCUGGAAGCUUUGAAACGACGAAACAGAGUCGUUGCCAAUCGAAUAUUGGAGGUAGCUACGCCUCCAUUCUCCUUCUCGUCCAGGGCUUCUAUUCUCGAAGCUGCAGUACGCUGGGGGGAUACGUCGAUCAUCAAAGACCUGGUGCUAAUGGGUUGCUGUGUUGGUGGUGGACCACUGGCACUAGCUGUUGAGCUCGGCGGUGUGCACUUGGUCCAAUUACUUCUUGAACAUGGCACUCCGCUUGGAGAUACGGCGCUUCUGAGCGCGUGCAAAAAGGGCGACGAGGCAAUGAUUCGGUUACUGCUCGGUCACGGAGCUAGCCCAGGUGACGGCAGUGCCCUACUCUGGUCUAAGGACAACAAUCCGCGGGCUUUCAAUACUCUAGUGGAAUCAUUCAUGAAAUCAUAUCUGAGGUGCGAUGAAUAUCUGGGGGGGAUAGCUCUGAUCAGUGCUAUAGAAACUGAUGCGCACGAGCUAGUUGACGUUAUUCUUACAGUGAAUCUCGAGGCAGCAAAGGCUUUUACCACUCACCGUGGCAUGGAUCGUACAGCCUUGGGUGUCGCUAUCUCUCAUCAAGACGGUAGUAACUUCUACGCUGUUGAUCAACUUCUGCGCCGUGGGAUUGGUGUGAACAGCAUUGUGCAAAGGCCCUCACGCCGCGUGGAUGCCGAGAUUAUUGGCACUGAGAAUUGUUCAUAUGGCCAUUAUCAUUUCGCAAAUGGCUAUCCAAAAAUACUGUCAUCGCUAUCUACUGCAUUAUUAGCUGCGAUCGGUACUAAGAACGAGAAAUUGGUCGACUUUCUCAUCGAACACGGUGCCGACAUAAAUCAACCCGCGCGAAGGGGUGUGAGAUAUACUCCUCUUCAGUACGCCUGCGUUGUUGGAAGGUUCAAGAUAAUUGCAGGACUCGUAGAACAUGGGGCAGACAUAAAAGCACCACCGGCUGAAAAUGGCGGAGGGACUGCUUUGCAGUUUGCCGCGAUCAGUGGAAGAAUCAAGAUUGCCCAAUUCCUCCUGGCCCGAGGGGCCGACCCGAAUGAGCCAUCGGCCCCUAUGAAUGGGCGCACAGCUCUUGAGGGGGCAGCGGAACACGGUCGUUUGGACAUGAUAAAGCUCCUUUUUGAAACAGCCAAGGGGGCAUUCACCCAGGAAUCGCUUAUGCGUGCGAAUCUUCUUGCUAGGGACCGAGGGCACGCUGGCUGUUCGAGCUUCCUAGCACUUCUAUCUAAUAGGCUUGAAGGGUACCGGGCUAUUAUGUAG